UUGCUUUGAAACGAGGCAGAUAUUUCUCGUAAUCGGAUUGGUUUAUUUCGAACAUCAUUUUAGGAGCGGCAAAGAAGAAACAACAAAAAAUUAAUAACAAAAUUUGAUAAAUAUUAAUCAACCACUAACCUAAUUGUUUUAUAUAUAUACGAAGCAGUGAUGGAUGAUUAUUUGAAAAUAGAAAAAAUUGGAGAAGGUACUUAUGGUGUCGUGUAUAAGGGAAAAAACAAAAAGACUAACAAGUCUGUGGCCUUAAAGAAAAUUCGAUUGGAAAGUGAGGAUGAGGGAGUCCCGUCAACUGCUAUCAGGGAAAUAUCUCUGUUGAAAGAAUUGCAGCAUCCAAACAUUGUCUGCUUGGAAGAUGUGUUAAUGCAGGAGAAUAAACUUUACCUUGUGUUUGAAUUUCUUUCUAUGGACCUGAAGAAGUACAUGGAUACCAUUCCAAGUGGGCAGUAUAUGGACAAAAUGUUGGUCAAGAGUUACACAUAUCAGAUAACACAGGGAAUAUUAUUUUGUCACCAGCGUCGUGUCUUACAUCGUGAUCUCAAACCACAAAAUCUCCUCAUUGACAAUAAUGGUGUGAUAAAACUAGCAGAUUUUGGACUUGCUCGAGCAUUUGGUAUUCCAGUCAGGGUAUACACCCAUGAGGUUGUAACACUAUGGUACAGAGCUCCAGAAAUCCUACUGGGUUCACAGAGAUACUCUACACCUGUUGACAUAUGGAGUGUGGGAUGUAUAUUCGCUGAAAUGGUCACAAAGAGACCUCUCUUCCAUGGAGAUUCAGAAAUUGAUCAACUGUUCAGAAUAUUCAGAACACUGACGACACCAACAGAAGAGACAUGGCCUGGAGUGACUAGUCUACCUGAUUAUAAACCAACCUUUCCUUGCUGGAAGACCAACCAGUUACAGAGCUGUGUAAAACAGCUAGAUAAUCAAGGCCUUGAUCUCUUACAGCAAAUGUUGAUAUACGACCCUGCUCUCAGGUUAUCAGCAAGAGAGACAUUAAAUCACCCAUACUUUGCCAACCUCGAUAAAUCUGCUCUACCAGCUAGAUCUUAACAAUGACCAGAUAGCAGUGUCAUAAUAACCAGUGGUUUUGUUAUGCUCAAAACAAACGUUGUAAUUGUAAAACAGAAAGACUAGAAACAUCUACGUGCUGAAAAAAACCCAACUUGUUGUGCAUCAUGUUUGUUUUCUCUCAUGCGCUGUUCUUGUUAACCCAUCACAGUCAUUUAUGCAGUUUUUCUCAAGUCAUAGGAAUCGCCUUUUAAAGGGCUUGUUAACUUUGAUGUAAAUGAAAUUAACAGAGACUGGUAAUUAAUUAUCAUAGUAUAUUUUUGUCUGUCGGAGCUUUAUAGUGUGUAAAGUCAACUAGAUCAUACCAGGUGAUUUUAAAAGCAUUUGUAUGAUGAGCAAAAAGGAAUUAUUUCUAGUAACAGAUGAACAAAAAAGAACAAAAAUAUCUUUAAAGACAAGAAAAUAAAACGAAGUAACAUACAUUUUAAGACUUGAUGUUAUAUAAACAAUUGAAUUCCUACAUAUCAAGUUCAUAGGUACCGUUUCUGUGUUGAUAGAUAUAAAGAAUCAAUAGUAAAUGCACUUUGAAGCAUGAAAUAUGAUCAUUUAAAGAUAUAUAAACUUGUUAAACAUUCUUUAAACUUAGUCUUACCAUUAGCCUUCAGUAUCAAGUUAUACUUAUUAUAGGCCAACAACCACCAGUGAUCAUGUGUUCAAAUUGUCUCCUCUUCUUUUUUUUCUACUAUUUUUUUGUAAAUUGUUUUGUGUUCAUCUCUUAUAUGUGAUAACGUGUAAUAAUUGUGAAAUACUGUUUGACCUGGACAUUUUUAUGUUUUCAUGGUUUGACAAUACUGGUAUUUUAUUUUGUGCGAGUGCUUUUGAAUUGUUUUAACCAUUCAGUGCUUAAUGUAUAUAUUUAUAUAUAACAGUUUUGCUUUGUAAAUUUUGGUAAAUUAUGUUAUUGAAGUAAAUAUACACUUAGUAAUUUAAUAACCUACAUUUAAAGUUUUCAUCCAGCACAGUUAUAAGUCGAUCUCAUUAAAUUCAGAUCAUCAUUUUCGCUCUGUUAUUCAUCUUUUGUACAUUUAGACCUAUCUGAUAGCAGUUUUAAGACUUCAGUGAUUUAAUGCUGAAUAAAGGCUAAAAGUAUCAUGCCUAAUAAAACAGAACAGGUGUGCAUGCUGUCCAAAAUGCACAAACUGGCAGCAUUAAUCUGUUACCAUAAAAAAAUCUGGUGUCUAGUUCAGGGAGGUCAAUGGUUUUACCCAUGUGUUUAUAUAUGCAUAUAAUAUUGAAUUAAGAGACAGCAUUUGUUACAUUUUUUGCAGUAAACUCCAAACACAUUUGGAUUAUAGGAAUAUCAUUAUUUGAAACUUGCAUUAGACUAGAUUUUUUCAGGGUAGGAUCUCAGAAGACAUGCAAUGUGGUCUGUUUGAAUAAAAUUAUGUUAAAGCAAAAUUGAAGUAAUAGAUCAAGAUACUUAUAAAAUAAUACUUUUGUUAUAUACAUGUACCUCCUAACUUUAUAUUCAACCAUAACAAAAUAUUACAUAUUAACAAUUUUUCAUAUCGUACUGACUUGUAUAUAAAUCUAUUGUAUUUGUGCAUGUCAUACAGUUGCUUUUUGCACUAAUUUAGCUUGAAGGCAUGUUACAUUCAAACUUUUCAAGUUGGAUUUGAAGAGUUAUAAUAAUUGAAUAUUGAAAUGAUGUAUUUUAUUGUGAUGAGUGAAUGGUUAUGUUUGAUAUAUAUACUACUAUAUAUAAUCUUUUGAUGUUCUAAAUCAGUGAAUGUUUGCUCUAGUGUUUCUAUUUACAUUUUCUCUCUAUAAAGUUUUCCUCUUGUACCAAUCUCACCUGUCUGUUACAUCCUUCUCACUUACAUAGUCUGUCUGUUUGUCUGUCUGUCUGUUUUAUUAUGAGCGAAAAAGAACACAAAUAAAUAUCAACAAUC